AGCCGGUCUCCCCGCCUGGGACUGAGCUCUGUGGCCCCCGGACCGGCAGGAUCAGCAGCGAGAAACCGGGGCAACUGCGCCGCAGCGUCCGGACUGGGAAACCCCCAAAGUGCGACUUAGCGGGGCAACUGGAACCCCCCUUUUAUAGCAGAUUAUCGCACGGGUCGCACACAAACCAUAGGAUUUACCCACUCUAUAGAGCUGCACCCUAAUACUGGCACAGGGUAACCCCACGAACGACGCAGCUGCACCCCACUAUUUGCACAGGACUGAUACAGUAGCACAUUGGCACAGGAUCCCCCCAAUACUGGCAUGGAGUAACCCCAAGAAUUACACAUCUACACCCCAAUACCAGCACAGGGUAAGUUCAGGACUGGCACAGUUGCACCCAGCUCUGGCACAGGGUAACUACAGGGCUGAUGGUUUCUUCCCAACACUGGCACAGGGUAACCCCAGGACUGGCACAGCUGCACCCCAAUCUUGGCAAGAGGUAACCCCAGGACUGGCACAGCUGCACCCCAAUCUUGGAAAGAGGUAACCCCAGGACUGGCACAGCUGCACCCCAAUCUUGGCAAGAGGUAACCCCAGGACUGGCACAGCUGCAUCCCAAUCUUGGCAAGAGGUAACCCCAGGACUGGCACAGCUGCACCCCAAUCUUGGCAAGAGGUAACCCCAGGACUGGCACAGCUGCACCCUAACCUUGGCACAGGGUAUUCCCAAGACUGGCACAGCUGCACCCUAACCUUGGCACAGGGUAACCCCAAGACUGGCACAGCUGCACCCUAACCUUGGCACAGGGUAACCCCAGGACUGGCACAACUGCACCCUAACCUUGGCACAGGGUAACCCCAGGACUGGCACAGCUGCACUUUAACACUGACACAAGGUAUUCCCAAGACUGGCACAGCUGCACCCUAACCUUGGCACAGGGUACCCCCAGGACUGGCACAUCUCCACAUCAGCAUUGGCACAGGUUAAUGCCAGGACUAGCACAGCUGCAUCUCAGUACUGGCACGCUGUCACCCCAACGUUGGCACGGAGUAACCCCAGGACUUACAAUAACAACUACCCCAGGUUACUGACACAGCUGAACCCCAACAGAGAGACACUGGCACCUCAAGAACAGAGCCCAGGGCACCCCCAGACACCCAUACGUGGAAGCUCCGCCUUCAGGAAUAACUCGCCAAUGGAAACCUGCAGCCCCCCGACCCCCAUGUACCGAGUGGGCGAGAAUGAGGCAGAGAGGCCUAAAUGGCAACCGAAGAAGAAAUUCUCACUUUUCCCUUCUCCGAAAGACUGGAACUUCCGAGGGAGGAAGAGGAAGCAGAGUUGCAAUGAGCAAGAUGAAGUCCUCAGCGUUUGCAGCCUGGACACCGGCGACGAACCGAGCACAAAGCGGGUUAAACCCCUCUCGAGAGUCACAUCACUGGCGAACCUUAUCCCACCUGUGAAACCUACACCCCUGAAGCGAUUCAGCCAGUCUCUCCAGCGCUCCAUCAGUUUCCGAAGUGACAGCCGGCCUGAUUUGUUCACCCCGCGUCCCUGGUCAAGAAAUGCACCCCCUCCGAUCACCAAGCGCCGAGACAGCAAGCUCUGGAGCGAGACCUUUGAUGUCUGCGUCAAUCAAGUGCUCACAUCCCAAGAGAUCAAGAGACAGGAGGCCAUUUUCGAAUUAUCCCAAGGAGAGGAAGACUUAAUCGAAGAUUUAAAGUUGGCAAAAAAGGCCUAUCACGACCCAAUGCUGAAGCUCUCUAUAAUGACAGAACAGGAGUUGACCCAAAUCUUCGGGACCCUGGACUCUCUCAUUCCUCUGCAUGAAGAUCUCCUCAGGCGACUCCGGGAGGUCCGGAAGCCGGAUGGUUCCAUGGAGAAUGUUGGCCACAUUUUAGUCGGCUGGCUUCCCUGUUUGAACUCCUAUGACAGUUACUGUAGCAAUCAAGUGGCGGCAAAGGCGCUUCUGGAUCAUAAGAAACAAGACCACCGAGUGCAAGAUUUUCUGCAGAGGUGUCUAGAAUCUCCCUUUAGCCGUAAACUGGACUUGUGGAAUUUCCUUGACAUCCCCAGGAGCCGCCUGGUCAAGUAUCAUCUGUUGCUAAAGGAGAUAUUGAGGCAUACGCCCAACGACCACCAGGAUCAGCAGCACUUAGAGGAGGCUAUUAAUAUAGUCCAAGGGAUCGUGGCUGACAUCAACGUAAAGACCGGCGAGUCCGAGUGCCACUAUUACAAGGAGAGGCUGAUUUACCUGGAUGAAUGCCAAAAAGACCCCCUUAUCGAUAACUCGCGAGCGCUGUGCUGCCACGGGGAGCUCAAGAACAACCGGGGAGCGAAAUUUCAUGUCUUCCUCUUCCAAGACGUUUUGGUAAUAACAAGGACAAUUACCCAAAAUGAGGCACUUUACUACCAAGUAUAUCGUCAGCCCAUUCCUGUGAAAGAUCUCAUCCUGGAUGAUUUACAGGACGGGGAGGUGCGCCUGGCAGGGUCGCUUCGUGGCGCCUUUAGCAACAAUGAGAGAAUAAAGAACUUCUUUAGAGUGGGUUUCAAAAAUGGAUCCCAAAGCCAAGCCCACUGCCUCCAAGCAAACGACACAUUCAACAAGCAACAGUGGCUGAACUGUAUCCGGCAAGCUAAGGAGUCGGUGGUGUGCUCUGGGGGAGACGACGUGUCGUCCUCAGAGGGACAGUUAUUAAUAUCUGCCAAUGGGACCUGUGAAUCUCAGCCACCGGCGCGCUUUGAGCAAAUGGACCAAUCGGACAGUGUUUCGGACUGCAGUAUGGACAUAAGCGAAACGAGCAUGGACUGCGAGCAAAUGGAACAAACAAACUCACUCAACAAGGAGGUUGAAAGUAACGUUUGACACGACAGUCGCCGUAUUGAGGGAACAUCCCGGCGUGUUACCUGUACAGUGUUUUUCAUUCCGUUUGUGGAGCAGUUCGGAGAAGCACUUUUACCAUUUCCUGCGAUGGUGUCAGCUCUGUCUUUUCUCACGUUAUCUGCUGAUAAUGCUGUCGCUGCUGACGAUGUCCUUGAGAGUCAAAAUAAAGGAGCCGCUGGUCCUAAGUGAUCCAAAGUAGUUGACGAGGGACUUAAGCUGCAGUUUGGCUCCGUCUUUAAACUACUGUCAACGGGUGUAUUGUACAUGAAAUGUGUUUACUGUAAAGCUGUUACUGUGUUGGUUAACGCCUUAAAAGAACGUUCCGGUCCACAUGUUACGUGUCAGAGAGGUCCCUAACUGCUGCCCAACGACCGUUGUUGGACUACAACCCCCCUACAUGCUUAUUUUAUACAAACAAAACGGUGUAAGGGUAUUAAUAUGGCAGAUACAUAAUAAGCAGGAACAUUUGGGAAGCAAUAUCCCCCCUAGAUCAUAAGAUUAAGUCCAGCAGAACAGAGCCGGCAACAGAUUAAGGCUAAUGAUCUGCUCGGCGCAUACCAAACAGGGUUUUCAUAAUAAUCCUCUUAUGGUCGGAGAAACCAAAUAUUUCUUUUCAUUAACGUCGAAUUUCGGUAUGAAGAGAACAAAGCAUACGGUCAGACGGGGAAACUUGCAGCCAACCCUUGUGACACGAUGUUGCCACCUUGUCCGUGGCUGUAAAUAUAAGGUCCGUGGGUUGGUGGUGUAAUAUGUCCCCUUGCUAUAGGCCCCACCUAAUUCCUUAUCAUUCCAUUCCAAUUUGCCAUAUACUAUCAAGGAAUUUAUACAGACCAUGCCUUCUUACCCAUUAUUCUAUUCGAGACCCUUAUACGAUAUAACUGAAUCGGUGAACACUCAACGCACCUAGGUAUGAGGGUCGUCUCAUAGAAAACAACAUGUUGCAGGCUGUGCACGCUUGAAAAGGCCUAUUUAGUUUACCCAAUUGAGCAGCUCUGGAUUGCCCUCUGUUGGUAUAGGGUGGUAUAGCAAAUAUGCUGAAUUUUCUUUCCAGUUGGGUUGGAUUUCUUGACAGAUGUGUUUCAAGAGAUGGUGACCUUACAAUAUAAUCGGUAUGUCGGCACUUUGGGAUGAACCUUCACUUGAAUUUCUGACUUAAGGUGGCCAUAUAUGGGAAGAUCCGCUCCCUUGGCGAGGUCGCCAAGUGAGCGGAUCUUCUCCUGAUAUCCCCACCCUGUGGCCAAACGAUCCAAUUAUAUUGGCGGCAAUGGGGCAGUUGGUUCGGGGACCACAUCAAGCCGAUGCUGUCCCCGAUCCGACUAAAUCUUUUAACCUGCCCAAUGGAUAUCUGGCCAAUUUCAGGCCAGAUAUCAAUCGGGCAUGCCCCUCGUUCCUGUCCCUACACGGGCCGAUAAGCUUCCGAAUCGGUCCAAGGGAUCCAUAUCGGCAACAACAAUCAGCCCGUGUAUGGGGACCUUACAGUUUGGAUGCAGACCCCCAAAAGGUCAAAAACUGGCCUAAGGCGGCCAAUUCAGUACACAUGAGUAAUUGCUCUGCUGUCCAUGCACAAACCAGCCACAAAUGCGUUGUAUAUUCAGUGGCCCGGGCACAGCAGUUACAACCACAGCCUCUAUGACUGCGGCACAUAGUGGAUAUAGCCCCCACUGGAAUUCAUGUUUUUUAUUUUGUAAUUGUAAACAGUUGUAAAUAACCAAAAUACUAUGGCACUAGCUGAGAAAGUGUAAUUAUUGGUGGCAGAAAAACCAUAAUUGUAAUCUCCUCGUGACUGUCGUUUACACCAAAGAAACACACAUCUGCACCGUUAUACGGAGUAUCCAGUUUGGUAAACUGCGCUAUUUAAAAAACAAAAAUUAAAAAAAAACCCCACAAAAAACAAUGUUGUCCUUUAUUUUACUUGUUAGACUGUUCUAUUUAUAGUGAAAGACAAAUCUGGUGACUAGUUUGUGGUUUAUUAGCUUCGGGGUCGGGUGGAAAUGCCGGAGAUGGAGCAAUGAAUUCGCUUCUAUUACAGCCAAUAAAGUUGUCACAUGAUUUCCCGUUGCUUUCGUUGGAUUGGUUGAGAGAUUUGUGAUGAGUUUAGGGCAGGUAAAUAGGAUGCGGAGACGUUGCCACAACAUUAGAAAUAUUGCCAAAGGUCUAGUACUGAAGGAAAAUGCAUGUUUGGUGGGAAAAGACAUAUAUUUUCUAUGAAAUUAUAUAUAUAUAUAUAUAUAUAUUUUGUAUAAAGACCUCAAGUUACCGUGGAAGCGAAAAUAAAUCACAUUCAGCAGUU